UUAUAUUCACAAACACCUCAACACUUGAGUUUCUGUUCGGUUUUCUGUUUCGGUUUCUCGAGAAAAAAAAAAGUAACAAGUCCCCAUCUUUUUAAUUUCACUCUUAACACCCAUCAGAAGAAAACACAUUUUGAUCAUCUGAAGAAUCAAAUAUUUUCUGGGUCAUGGACAUCAAGAUUGAAGAUGAAACAGCACAACAACAACAACCCCUUUUAGAAGACAAAAACACAAAGCCUCCUCCCAAGAAACCAAAAACACCAACACAAAAGGCAGUAAGGAAAACCUUCAAAGGAACAACACAAUUGUCUAAGCUUCUCCCAACAGGUUCUGUCCUAACAUUCCAAAUUCUAUCUCCUGUUCUAACCCACCAAGGCCAUUGUCCCACCACCACAAGCCAAUCAUUAACUCUAGCCCUUCUAGCUCUCUCUGGCCUGGCUUGCUUCCUCCUCUGCUUCACCGAUAGUUGCCGGGACGAAAACGGGAAGAUUCGCCAUGGAGUCGCAACAUUUAAAGGCUUGUGGGUUCUCGAUGGAUCGGUGAAACUGUCAGAAGAAGAGGCUGAGAAGUAUAAACUGAGAUUCAUUGAUUUCUUUCAUGCUGUAUUGUCUUUAUUGGUGUUCUUUGCAGUUGCUCUGUUUGAUAAGAACAUUGUGAAAUGCUUUUGUCCAACGCCAUCAGAGGAGACCAAGGAGUUGAUUGUGGGGUUGCCUUUCUGGAUUGGUGUGGUUUGUAGCAUAUUGUUUGUUGCUUUUCCAACCAAGAGACAUGGCAUUGGCUCCCCACUUUCACGCAAAUAAGAAUUUCCAUGUCUCGUCUCUUCCUUUCAC